AGGCAGUCGUAGAUCCACUCGUAGAUCCACUCGUAGAUCUACUCGAUCGUAGUGAUUAGAGAUCUGCUGAAAUGAAGUCAUGACUUCUUUCCUUUUCCCUUGGCUUUUGAAGUUUUGUAGUGCAGUGAGCGCAUUGUAGUCAUUUGACUGAAGUAUUUUGAGAGUGUGUCUGGUACGGUACCGCACCAGCUCGCACGCAAGAGCAAAGUAGAUCUGAACUGACUGAAGUCGUCACUCGCACUCGCUUUCGUCAAGUUGAAGUUGCUGCUCGCUCUGCUUGCUUCUUUCAGACGUGAAAUUAGAACGGCACGAAGCUAAUAAACUUUUGUUUCGGUGUUCAGCCAACUCCUGCAAGUGGCGGCGCUAGAGACUGAAUCGAUGCUCGUUAGAACUACCACCAGGUGAGUGCCUGGAUUCCGCGGCAUUGUACCUAGUUGUGAACGAGGAGUCAGCGCAGCUGCAGCGUGACCAAGAUCGACUGCGGGGAACCGGUCGUGUACGCACCGAAAUCCUUGCUCUCCCGUCGCGUGUUUGCUUUAUUUUGUGUGCGUGAGCUGAGGCCCUGCACUGCAUGCUGAGUGUGCUGUAUACGUGGAGAAGAACGCGCUGUUUGCGUGCGUAAGUGCAUUGUCCGUGCGACACCGUGCACGCGGCAGCAGGGAACGACGUUGACAUCGCUUGUUAUUCCCCUCCCGUGGUUUGGCUGUGGACACGCCGCGGCUACUCCAUUGUGCUUGCUUUCGUUGGCGGUGAAAUGUUGGAGAAUGGUGGCGAUGACUGGACGGCAUCCAGCGGAACUGGAUCCAACUCGCAGCAUCGAACGUACAUGGUCGGUAGCGAUCCGUCGGGCACGAUCCAGUACCGCACUCGCUCGGUAAGGUCACCGCAGCAGCAUCUGCCUCCAGGGGCUCAGAGUCAGAACGACGCUACAAGUGCCGUCGGUGGCGGAACGAGUCGUCGUCAAAUGCAGAUGGAAGGAGCGCCGAGCCUGGACGACCAGUUCGAAGCGGACGCGUCGCGGCCGCAUCGACACGCUGGCGGAGCUCCGAGCAGGUCGGACCCAGCGCCUCCGUACGCGUCGAUUGCACACAGGCAGCACGGUAGCAGAUCAGCUGGCCGGGAUAACACUGUAGAAAGUCAUCAUCAUCAGCAGCAGCAGCAGCAGCAUCAUAGGCAACAGCCACAGCACCAUGGAACGCCUGACCAGCAGACAGGUAGUGGCCGAAACGCGCGCAGCAAUCCUUCAGGCGGGCAGCCACGGCAGCAACAGCAGCCGAUGCUGGAGUUUGAAAGCGCCAUGCGCGACUUCCAGGAGAUGUUCCCAACGAUCGACGGAGAGAUCAUCGAGGCGGUGCUGCGUGCAAAUGAUGGCGCUGUGGAGGCAACCAUCGACCAUCUGUGCUCUAUGUCAACGAACAGUGGUAGUGGCGGGGGCGUUAGCAGCGCUGGUACAGGGGACGCAACAGACGGCCUAGACGCUGGCUUCUCCACGGCGCAGUCAUCGUCACUGUUCAGCCAAGGACAGUCUCCGACCAUGCAGCACCGACGGCAGCAGGCCAGUAGCACGACGCCGGCAACGAGCGAAACACUCGAGGCGGCCACGCGGGCGCGUCAAGAGCUGGAGGAGAUGCUGGCGGAGGCGCGCCAGGCCGAACGGCAAGCCCUGCACGCCAGCCGAAGCCGGCGAUCGUCCGACAUCGUCAUGGCACCAGAUCUCCCGUCGUCGGCCACGUCGGAUUGGGAAACGCGGUCGCCGUCUCCACCGCCUCUCCCGCCGAAGGACGUGCGCUCGCGGCAGCUGGUUCCGCCCGCGCAGACACUGGAGGGUCGUGAGCAGUCGACCUCGCAGGUGCCGCACAUGCGCGUGGCCACGGCCCGAACGUCCACGAGCGGACUUGUGGCACCGCUGGUCGGUCCCCUGCCCAAGGACUUCCUGCGCCUCGCCGAGCCCGAUCCCACAACGUCGUCGACCGCCGUGUCAUCGUCACGGCAAUCGCAUCACCAUCAUCGGGAGGAUGUGCGUCACUUGGACGGGGGCACGUCUCGACGACACUUCAAUGACACUCAACAGCAGCAACAACAGCAGCGUCGUUCUCAUCGCAAUUCCCACGCCGAGCGCCGUUCGUCGCAGCACGAGCACCGCCCGCACCACUACAACCUGGCAGAGCUGCUGGCCGACGACGCUCAGCACCAAGCCCCGCCACCGACAAUGUCAUCGGUGACAUCAUCAUCAUCGGCAGCGGGACGACGUCGUGGCUCUGCCGAGCGCAGAACAACGACGACGACAUCAUCGGGGUCGGCGGCGAGCACGGCUGGCGGCAACAUGCAGUCACAGUCGCGCAACCAAGCUAGCUCUGCGCAGCGCCGCUCUCGCAGUGAUAGUGUGCGCAGAGGCCUGCUACCAGCUGGAACAAGCCCGAUCACGCAUGCAGGCACGGCCAUGACCGAGGACGGUGUGCUACUCUCGCUGGUUACCUCCACCAGCCAGCAGCAGCUGCAGGAGGACGAGCGCAUUGCCAUGAUGCUGCAGAACGCCGAGUUCCUGGACGAGCUGCGGCACAACCGUGACUUCAUGUCACUGCUGGAGAAUGAGGAAGCAGAGACUGAAGACACUCACAUCCUGUUAGCUCCAAGCAACACUGUAUCACCACAUCGACGCGACUCCACGCGUAAACCCGUACCGUACAUGAUUCGGAAUGACACCUCGCCCGACCACCAGCAGCAACCGACAUCCAGCCACUCGGCAACCACCACUCCCUCUCCGGACAAUGCCGGCGCCCGUGUCACACCGGACGAGUCCGAGGACGCUCGGCCGGAGCAGGUGCCCAAGGAGCGGCGCCGUUCCCGUGGCAACACUCUGCAUCGCCAGGCCACCAUCAGCGCCGAGAAGUUCCGCGAUCGCCUGCUCUCGGGAAAUAUGAAAGAAUCCACCCGCCAGCUGUUCCUGCAGCUGGCUAAGAAGUUCCAGAGACGGCAACGACACCGGAUGAACCUGGAUGAGGCAGUGGCAAGCUCCACGGCUGCACUGCUGGACGAUGACAGUGAUGAUGUGGAGAUGGCACAGCGACUAGACGACGACGAGCGUGCGCGCUUGGAGUUCAUGAUGGCAGAGAGAGACCACACAGAUGAUGAUCAUGUUGCCGGUGGUUACUGGCCCGGCAAGUACCAAGCUUACAAGCCCGGCAGCAAUGACAAGGAGCAGCAGCAGCCGCCGCAGGCUUUGGAAAGACCGUCUUACUCGCGCACUAACACCGGCAACGUCGGACAGCCGGGUGCGUUUCGCCACGGCAACCAGCUGGUGACGCCGGACCUGGUCGGCCGCGACGACAGCGAGCUGAUAACGUUCUAUGCGGAGGAGGAGGAUGACCUUGCUCUGGGUAUGGGAUACCCCGCGGCCACCGCCACCACAGCGACCAGCGGCGGCACUUCAGAUCCACCAUUCCCAUCACGUGGUGAUAGCUUUGCCUAGUGGAGCGUGUUGAACGAGAAAAAGUAGCUCCGGCCGUUGAAAGAGAAUGUCUGUUCACGUGUUGAAAGAGAUCAAGUGGGUUCACGCACUGAAGUAUGUUCACGUGUUGAAAGAGAUCGAGUGGAUUCGCGUGUUGAAGAGAGAGAAUAAGAACAUUUGCAUGGUUGAAGAGAAAGAGCAGUUUCCACGCAUGUUGAAACGUAACACAUCGGUUUGCAUGUUGAAAGAGAAUUAGCAGCUCUGCGAGUUGAACGUUGAACAAGUCACUUCGGUUGUUUGAAGGGAACGAGUGGCAGUGGCUGCCGCAUCUUCCCCGUGAGACGGUCUCCUCCACCGCAUAGUGAUUAAGUGCACGUGCAUCGGGCAAAUUGCAGAGUUAGCUGGCAUGUACUGCGCAUACUGCAGUGCUAGCUGACAUGUGUACUAUUUAUGCUGCAGUACUAGCUGGCAUGUACUGUGCAAACUGCAGAGCUAGCUGAUCUGGCAUGUACUGUGCAAACUGCAGAGCUAGCUGAGCUGGCAUGCACUGCGCAUACUGCAGAGCUAGCUGAGCUGGCAUGCACUGCGCAUACUGCAGAGCUCGCUGGCAUGCACUGCGCAUACUGCAGAGCUCGCUGGCAUGCACUGCGCAUACUGCAGAGCUCGCUGGCAUGUUUUCCCCUACAUAUCUAUACACCUCGCAGUAUAUUCACCACAGACAGAAUGCUAGAGUCACAUAAUUUAAAUUAUCUUCUUUUAUUGCCCUGCGAUACGUCAAAUCCCCCUCCAUGCAUAAUGUAAUCAAUUUCAGACGGACAUUCAGACUCUACUACCGUCGUUGUCUUGCUCCGUGUAAAAAGUCGUCCGUAAACAUAAUGAAUGUUCUGCGUUUGUAGGGCUGGCCGUGUGUUGCAAUCACCGCCUGUGUGCACAUGUGUGUACGUGUGUGUGCCUGUGUCUGUGUGCGCGCGUGUGUGCGUGCACGAAUCCCUUAAUUUCCACUGAUGGGAUUUUCUCUUCUUGACAAACGUUCUUGUUAUGUGAUCUGUAGGCCCUGCUCAUUGAUGUUCAGCUAAAUUCCCACAGCUGCAAACGAAAUCUACAUUCUCAAUUCUUCUAUUUCAAUUAGCUUCCAAUGGCCUUUGCUCUUGUUUGAUUUUUAUGACGAAAUCACCACUCUAUUAGAAGUCGACUAUCACGCACACUUGAAUACUGUGUAAAUCAAUGCAGUGUGAAUUUUGA